CCAAGCUCAGUCUGUCUCGUUGCUCAGAGCUGAUCUUGACACUUACCGUCCUAUCUUCCUUCAUUUUCGCGACCUCAAACCAGGCAUCGAUCGACGCCUUCCUCCGCUGCCUCUCCUCUUUACACCGCAGCGAAACGCUCCUGCUUCCAAUCUUUAUCUCUUGAUACUGCUAUUCGACGCAGACAUGUUCGGACAGAGCGGAUAUCAGUCGCUCGAUCCAGCGGCGAAUCGAUCGCGCCGCAAACGGCGCCUUCUCGCUGCCUCGAUGGUUCUCUUCGGCCUCAUCGCCUUAGGCUCGCUCUGGCACACCGCUCCGCAGGUCACAGCUCUCCUGCUCAAGCCAGACACAUGCAACCCGUACGCGCUCCCGGGAAUGCUCGCGUAUGAGCCGAACGACCCGCAUGCGAACAGGUGGCACCCAUUCGCAGGGAUGCGCGAUGAGACCGACCCCGAGCUCCGAAGCGACGUCAAGGCGGACGCGUGUGCCCAACCAGCACCGGCGCUUGCGGCGGCGUUCGUGCGCGCAUCUUGGUCCGCCGUGCCACCCUCGCUCCCCUCGAACGAAAGCGCGCUCGAGCCAGACUUCGCGUCCGCCGCACUGGGGCCAGACGGGCGGCCUUGGGAGGAUGUCGAAUUUGCGCGCAAUCGCACAGUCGUGUUCCUCGGUGACAGCAUCUCGCGCUUCACCACGAAGUACUUCUGUGAUAUGGUUGGGGAGCGUGUCAUCGAGCUCAACUGGCAGCACCCAUGGGCACCAGCCGAGAUUCUCAAGGACGGGAGCACGCGCGAGGAGCCGGAGCGCGACGACGCCCACCUCGACCCGUUCGGGUGGCACCUCCUCCCUCCCGCCGACCCCGGAAGCCAUCUCGCGCACUACUGCUAUGCGCCGGGAAUGGACUUCUUGCUCAUCCACCUGCACGCGUACGGGCUCGAUGAAGAAGAUUUCUGGAAGUCCAAGCCCUCGUACAUCCCGCCAUACACGUUCGAAGACCGCGUGCAUCGUCUCGUGAGGCCAUACCUCAACCGCAUCCGGGCGACGACCGGGCGUGGCGCGAGCGCCCCGGAGCUGGUAUACGUCAACAGUGGGAUGUGGGAUGUGAUGCGCUUUGCGCACGAGGACAUUGCGGCAGACAAGAGCAUCGCAUCAACGCUCGGGAGCACCCGCCUUGCAUGGUAUCGCCGCCGCGUACGCGACGCGCUCACCUUUGUCGUCAGGGAGUUCCCCCAGGCGGCCGUGUACUGGUCCGCCUCGCACUACCCCAUUAAGGCAUCCAACGGGUGGUUCUUUGGAGACAUCAAGCCCAAGCACCGGCCUGACAUCAAGCUGCUGCGGCUCGCAGAGAUGCACGGUGCCGCGAUGUCCGCAUUCGAAGACACCGCGGAUGCCUCGCCCGAGGACAAGGCCGCCCUCGACCGGGUGGAGCUUGGGCGCUGGGGCCUCGCGAUGACUGGGCAGGAGGACCACCAGAUCGACGACCUGCACCCAACAUUCCUGCCGGGUGGGUAUCUGUGGGCCGACAUGGCGUUGUGGGACUUGCGCCACGAGGUGCGCCGACGGGGAUUGUAGAGCUCGAGUUCGGGGAGUGAGAGUUGUAGAGUGUGCUUGUUAGAUUUUGUUUGGGCA